AUGGAUUACGAUAGCUCUGAUACGAUGAACGAUGGUUCAAGCAAUGUCCUAAUCGUCAAGUUGAACACCGCGAAGCUGUUAUAUCAACAUUAUUUGGAUAAAGUCACUCCUCACUCUAGGGAGAGAUGGGCUGUAUUGGGUGGGCUGUUGUGUUUGUUUAUGCUGCGUAUUACAAUGGCUGAAGGCUGGUAUGUGAUUUGUUAUGGUCUAAGUUUAUUCUUGUUAAAUCAGUUUCUAGCUUUUUUGACCCCAAAAUUCGACAUGUCUUUACAGCAAGAUGAAGAAAACAAUGAAUUGGAAGCUGGAGAAAAAUCAGAGGAAUUUCGCCCAUUCAUUAGAAGACUACCGGAGUUCAAGUUUUGGUAUAACAGCAUUAAAGCCACUGUUAUCUCUUUAGUAUUAUCACUAUUUUCGAUCUUUGAUAUUCCAGUUUAUUGGCCAAUUUUGCUAAUGUACUUCAUACUGUUAUUCUUUUUAACUAUGAGAAGACAAAUCCAACACAUGGUAAAAUAUAGAUAUAUACCUUUGGAUAUCGGUAAGAAGAAAUAUUCACAUCCUUCUAACUGA